UCUGAGCAACCUUCAAGCUUGAUUUGUUACGUCGGAAAUGGGACAAAUGGACGGACUCGAGUGCAUUUAUUCUUAUCUCACAUGCCGCUAUAAUUCUAUAACAUUGCUCUAAUUUACUCUAAGCGAUGUUUUUUUCGAUGUGUAUGAAUUAAGAUAAUAAAUUAUUACACUCACUCGAAAAAUCAGGGAUUUUAGUUAAUAUUGAAGACCGAUGAAAAUGAAUUCAUCAUGCAAUAAAAUCGCAAGUAUCUCGGUGGCAGUCGUACCAUCAUCUUUUUUUGGUGACAGAAAUGUUUGACAGCUACUGUAACAAGUGCAUUCUCGUUGAUUCUCGUUACGGCACAGUCGGAUUUUAGCGGAAAGGUAAAAAACUUUAUAGGUAAAUAUAGCCAUGGAAUCAUUGUCAAAGGAAUUCUCUUUAAAGUGGGAUAACUAUGUUGAAACUAUGACUUCUGGUCUUCUCUCCCACUUAAGUGAGAAUAAUUUAGUUGAUGUAACGCUUGCUGUAGAUGGACAAUUAAUAACAGCCCAUAAGUUAAUUCUUUCAGUAUGCAGUCCUUAUUUUAAAAACAUAUUUAAGACAAAUCCUUGCCAGCAUCCAGUGGUAAUACUUAAAGAUAUAAAGCACAUGGAGAUUGCGGCUCUACUAAAGUUCAUGUAUCAAGGAGAAGUAAAUGUGAAACGAGAAGACCUACCUACCUUUUUGAAGAUGGCACAAAUAUUCCAGAUAAAAGGCUUAGAGGAUUGUGAGGGACAAAUUAUGCCAAUAAUAAAUAAUUAUGUCAAUGCAUCACAUGCAGAGAAUAAUUCAGAAAAUGUUAACACAUUGUCAAACACUAGCAGUGAACAGGGAAAUAAGCGAAAGCUGUCAGAUGGUUCUGCUAGUUCUCACAAGAUAAGCAAGAGAAACAUAAGAAAAAGAAAAAAGCAUCCACCUAAAAAUGAAAACAACUUGAUCCAGGAACCAAAGGACAAUAUAAACAGUAAUGAUGAUAUCUAUCUUUUAUCAGAUGAUAAUCAGAAAGAUGAAAAUAAUUCUGAGGAUGAAGAUAGUAAAUGUGAGAUUGAAAACAGUGAUUCCAGUAACGAUGAUCAAGAAAUAAUUGCAUUAACUAAUAAAUCAAACUCGAAUGACAAUACAAUGCAGUCAGAAGUACCAGUGACAUAUCGGUUAUCUGCCAGAGGUAGGCCACAAUUAGUACAUGCAGGAUAUGUGUACAACAUGACUUCGCGUUCUGAGGGGCUGAAUAGGCUGCAUUACCGUUGUGCAGAACAGCAUCGCGGUUGCCGCGGCAAAUGCGCAGUGAUUUCAGAGACGUUUAUGCCUACAGGAGUAGAUGACCACAAUCAUCCACCAGCUUAUGAAUCGGAAUACGAUUACCGGAAGAAAAAAGGCCUAGACACAGACAGUGUAUAAAGGCAGAUACUAUUCUAUCAGUCAACAAAUUGCCAAUAGGAGUAUACAUACAUAAAAAUUAGAAAAAAACCAGAAAAGAAACAGCUGGAAGUACAAAAGUUGGCUUAAGAAGAACACUUAUGGCAGACUGUACAAAAACAUUCCGUGACCAAUGUAUAGAGAAUAAGUUUAAUGAUUAAUAUAAAUACCAUACAUAUGUAAUACAGAGUAUACUCGAUAAUAAUGUCGAUCGGAAUGAUGUAAUGUCGCUAUUAACUUUGUUCCAGUAAAACAUUCCUAAGAAAAAUGAUUAUAACUUACAGUAUGUUGUUUUAGAUUUAAAUACAACUGUGAUUUAUAAACUUCCAGAAUUUAAGAAAUAGGGAUCUUAUUUAUGCGACAUCGCCGAAUGGCAAUAUCAUCAAUUCAUUAAAUAGAUAGCAACUCAAUAUCGAUUGGAUGUACAUGUGUUGUAAAGAGAAUGUGACUGAACUUUCAAAUAUACAACAUACAUUAGUAUCAUAAAUACAA